AAGCGUCAUUCUCUGCAGAUGAUUAGAAUGAAAGCACAAGCUCAGAAGAUGGGGCGUACAGCUUAGGAUUCUCACUGACUGAAUGAUACCACAUUUCAAGCAUGCAGGUGAGCAUGCCCAACCAUAUCUAAGCAGGGAGGUGCAAAGGAUCUGGGAGUGAGGAGUGAGGCUGUUACAAAUGGCUGGAUUUAUUGAUCCUUCUUCCUGAUGGUGUCGUGUAUGGGAUCUCUUUGGGUGGCCUUCUCCUUCACUCUUUCUCUCAUUUUAGGAUUCAGUUUAUUGUCCUCAGCAUGGUUUAAAAAUGAUGACAUAUCUUUUGGAGUCUUUGUUCAAUGCAGUGGCCAAAUCAGUACUCCAUGUAACCAGACAUGCAUUGUUUUCAGGACCUUGGACGAAAUUCCUGAUCUAUUUUGGAAGAUUGCAGCUGUGAUACUGUUUGCUGGUUGGCUGCUGAUGAGUUUUGGAGCAUUACUUGUAUUGUCAUGGACAAUCAUACCUGCCGGGAUAUGUCAAAGAAGGGUGUGUACUCCAGCCAGAUACACACAGAUCACUGCAGUUGUGGUUACUGUCCUUGGUCUUAUCCUCUUCCCUUUGAGUCUUCGAUCUUCAUUUGCAAAUCGAAUUUGUGACUCAUCAUAUGUCUACAAAAGCGGAAGCUGUUCCCUUGGUUGGGGAUACAUGAUGGCCAUUAUAACAGUGAUGCUCUCAUGCUUCCUUCCAAUCAUUGGUCGUUAUAAUUUGAAUGAAAUGAAGACCAAGAUAUUGAGGUCUAAGCUAUCCCAGCGUAUGCUGCGUUGUGAGAACCACAGAUACUGAGUUCCGCUGAUCACUAUUGUUCUCCGCUAAGAUAAACCAUGUUACUUUUGACGUCAAACUUCGAUUUAAUUUUAGUCAUAGUCUUGACUAAAAUGCCAUUUUAGUCAACUAAAACCUUCAGUAUAUUUUAGUUGACUAAAAUUGAAUGGGUUUAAUUAAAUUGCAAUGUAUUAUUUAACCACUUGCUGACCAGGCAUAUCCUAGAAUUUUUUUCUUACACGUUUAUAUUCAUAUUUUUUGCCAA